CGGCUCGCCUGGCCCGCCCUGCGAGUCAGUUCGCUGGUUCCCUCCCUCCCCCGGCGCGCUCGGGUCGCCACUGCGCUCCCCGCCCUCGAGCCGCGGUGCCGGAGCCGCCCGCCGCCCGAGGAGGAGGUGGAGGGAGCCGGAGGGGCCCGCCGAGGCGGCGGCGGCGGCGGCGGCAAGAUGGCGGACUUCCUGCCGUCGCGGUCCGUGCUGUCCGUGUGCUUCCCCGGCUGCGUGCUGACGAGCGGCGAGGCCGAGCAGCAGCGCAAGUCCAAAGAGAUCGACAAAUGCCUGUCGCGGGAGAAGACCUACGUGAAGCGGCUCGUGAAGAUCCUGCUGCUGGGUGCGGGCGAGAGCGGCAAGUCCACCUUCCUGAAGCAGAUGCGGAUCAUCCACGGACAGGACUUCGACCAGCGCGCGCGCGAGGAGUUCCGUCCCACCAUCUACAGCAACGUGAUCAAAGGUAUGAGGGUGCUGGUGGAUGCUCGAGAGAAGCUUCACAUUCCUUGGGGAGAUAACUCAAACCAGCUCCAUGGCGACAAGAUGAUGGCCUUUGACACUCGUACCCCCUUGACCGCCCAGGGAAUCGUGGAAACUCAAGUUUUUUUGCAGUAUCUUCCUGCUAUAAGAGCUUUAUGGGCAGACAGUGGCAUACAGAAUGCCUAUGACCGGCGUCGAGAAUUUCAGUUGGGUGAAUCCGUAAAAUAUUUCCUGGAUAACUUGGAUAAACUUGGAGAACCAGAUUACAUUCCAUCACAACAAGACAUUCUGCUUGCCAGAAGACCCACCAAAGGCAUUCAUGAGUAUGACUUUGAAAUUAAAAAUGUUCCGUUCAAAAUGGUUGAUGUAGGUGGUCAGCGAUCCGAAAGAAAACGUUGGUUUGAGUGCUUCGACAGUGUGACGUCAAUACUUUUCCUUGUUUCCUCGAGUGAAUUUGACCAGGUGCUCAUGGAAGAUCGACUGACCAAUCGCCUUACCGAGUCGCUGAACAUUUUUGAAACCAUCGUCAAUAACCGGGUUUUCAGCAAUGUCUCCAUAAUUCUCUUCUUAAACAAGACAGAUUUGCUUGAGGAGAAAGUGCGAAUUGUGAGCAUCAAAGACUACUUCUUAGAGUUUGAAGGGGACCCCCACUGCUUAAGAGACGUCCAAAAAUUCCUGGUGGAAUGUUUCCGGAACAAACGCCGGGACCAGCAGCAGAAGCCCUUGUACCACCACUUCACCACCGCCAUCAACACGGAGAACAUCCGCCUUGUUUUCCGCGACGUGAAGGAUACUAUUCUUCAUGACAACCUCAAGCAGCUCAUGCUCCAGUGAUGUACAAAAGACUUGCCGUUUUAAUAUCUUUUUGUCCUUUUGAUUGUUUUCUGUUUGUUUUGUUUUUCGACAUAGCGGUUUACAACAGGAAUUAGAACAAUCUUGAUUCUCUGUUUAACUUCUUGGAAAUCUUAGUCCUUCUUCUGCAGAGUUUGGUUUGUGGCUGAGAGCUGCUGAGUGACACGUUGCCGAUACCUGCUGAAGUUCAGCUUUGGUCUCUUUGACUCUGGCUCCCAUUGGAGUGGAGUUGUGACUUCCUGCCAGUCCCAAGACUAGGUAUAUUUCAGGCUUUAAAUUCUUCCACUUUUCAAAUGGAAUUCUCCUGUAGUGCCAAGUGUAGAUGACCUUAGAUAUUCGUAGGUAUGAGGUUAAGCAUAUUCAGCCCUAAAACAAGCGAGAUAUCUUUUUAUCUGCCCUACCCACAGCAGCCACACUUGAGCCCAGCUUUAUGAUGCCCUGUUUCGGAAAGGCCAUUGGAAAACAGUUUGAGCUAAGGAACGGCAUUCUGUAGGUUUACCCUUCAUGUUUUUCCGAGUGCUUCUGUACACAGCAGUUGUUUUGUUCUUCAGUUUCUCUGGUUUCUGAGGUAGUAUUCUUAAGUGUUUUAAAGUUUACAUAAGGAUCUCUGGUCUGAUGCUCGUGAAAGUUCACAGAUGGUGCAGGGGAGUAGAAGGCAGGCACAGACCAUCAGUGUUUUGAUUAAAAGUCAUGCGUGGAAUAUAAUUUUCCCAUUUCAUAUUUAAAUAUCAUGUAAUAAAUGUGCCAUAUGUGAGACUUUCUGGCCAUCGCAGCAACUAAACAGUGCAGGCAACUUGAUGACAGAACUUUCUAAAUCAGUACACCCUUCCCCCAGAAUGCCGUGUGGGAAUCACUGCUGCACCGUCACAGACACUGAUCUUUUGCUCUCCUGUCUGUUCCCAGAUGGGGGCAUUUAUUGGAUUUUUUGUUUGUGUGGAGCUUGCCAGCGGCAGUGUUUUCCUGUCAAACUGUUCAGGAAGGCAUUAUUUGAGACUCCCAUUCAUUCUUGGUAUGUCUGUAAAAGAGUAUGUACAUGUUUGCAACAUUCUUUUUAGGAAAUCCCAGCUUUGCUGAGGUACAUUUUGAAUGUCUCAAGGAUUCCUCUAAGAAUAAAUAGCAGUUUUUUUCAUUCAUCCCAAUUGCAUUUGACCUGCUGCCUGCAGGGGAUGUGUGGUGUCAGGACGGGGUUAGAGAAACUCGUGUGCGAGGCUGGUGACGGUCUGGAGAAUCUGAUGGCUUUUCUCCUUUGCUUGAAACUUGUGUUUCAGACUGAUGUCGGUCACUUCCCUGUGUGGCUGACUGUGUUCUCAGGUAUUUUGUUAGUAGCUAGAGAGUCUUGAAAGAUUGGUCAACAUUACGGAUCCACCCAGCCUUGGCAAGACAGUAGCUCUUGAUCUGUCUCACUAUCUCAGUGAGAAUAGGGCUUUGCAGUGAACGAACCAGAGAUUGUUCCUGACAUACCUGACUUCUCGCAUUUGAAGUUCUUCCCUCAUUGCAUCUGUAACUGCCAGUGUCUUCCUGUCUUGGUAGCACCUGAGCUACCAGUGUGGAGGCCCACAUCGUAACGCAAGCGUUCGUGGUGGAGUUGUAAUUCGUGGGCAUUUGAAUAGUUCUGCAUCUCCUGCAGCAUCUGACCAAGAAGAAUCCGUCGUUCAAAUUCAGAGGUCGCCAUUUCACUGCUAACGAGUAUCUGAAUAAGGGCACAGGAACAUUGAGACUUUUGGUGGAGCGUCUGUCUGUAUCUAGCAAAUGAAUUUAUUAAAAGGCCCAAACAUUUAAUUCCAGUGAAGGCUAAAGUCACGUCCCUGUAUGAAGAGCAGGAAAGAUAGCCUUAAUUAAGUUACAUUAAGAUCUGUGAUUCAAACCGUAAAUGUUGCCUUGAAGCAAAAAUCACUGUUUUGACUACCACAAAGAAAUGUUGAAGUACCAAAGAGAUAUGAUAUUGUCUGGGGCAUUUGAGAUUUCCUUUCCUGAUGUAUGUGACGCCUCAGAGUCAGCUUUCUUUUAAAAGAAAAUCUAGACUGUAUUUUAAGGCAGUAAAUUACUUGCAUUUAAUGGCAGGCUUGUUUAGACACUCAGUGGAACUGUAAGGUUUAAUCUGAAGGCUUUAGUCCACAUUUUUUUAUAUUCUGUAUUUUUAAACUGUUGGAAGGAGUCCUGUGCCCUUAUCAUGAAAAUCAGAUCUUUUCGAAAUAGCGCUAUAUGAAGGGGGAGAUGUUAUUUAGUGAACAAAAUUGAAAGGGUGCUCACCAUUUUCCCUAUGCCACUUUCCCCAAGUCUCUAAAAAUAUAAUUUGAAUUUAAAGAUCUUUGGUGGGUGUAUUUUCUAUGUCUUCAUGGUUAUGAUUUGGAACGAAAUGUGCCUAAUUCUCUUACUAUAUUCUCUUCCUAAGUCUGAAUGUCUUGUUUAAUUCUUAAGAGAUGUCACACAAGUGUCUUCAUUGGCCUUGAGGAAAUUUAUACACAGUUGCCUUACAAAAUCAAAGAACACCACAGAUUUUUGCCUUGAUUUUUUUUUUAUAGGGAAAAGGUUUUGUCAGAUGUUUUCUGAAGAUCCAGAUAAUUUAAGGCAUGCCUCUGGCACUUAAAUAUUAUUUUUAAUAACCCACAUCAUUGCUUGCUGCCAAAUAUUGUAUUAAAUGGAAAUCUUCAUUUCAGUUUUAUUGUCUGGAAAGGGCACUUGAUAGAGCACAACAGCAACCAAAGAAAGCAUCGUGGAGUGAAAAAGACUGGGUUUGGUUUGGUUUUUAUCUGAAGCUGCAUCGGCAUGUAGUUUACAUGGUGAAGAAUCCUCUGGUUAGUCUCUCAAGUGAGGUUAGCUUGGUCAGAGGAAUCCUUGUUCAGUUGUUGGCAGUGGUUGGUAUAAAGCAGAAGGAAGUAAGAUCACCUUAAUACCAGAAGUGAUUAGAAGUGUUGAUUUGAAUUGACUCAUAAUUUUUGGUAAGCGGGAAUGAGUAAAUCCUAACUUCCAGUGUAUACAAUAUUUGUAUUUGUGCUUUUGGUAAAAAUGUAUCUUCAGCAUUAGUACACAUAUCCGGUGAUGCCUUACUUAUAUGAAGAGAAGAAGUUACCAAGUUAUGUUCUGAAACUCAGAUCACUUAUUUGAGAAACCCUCAAAUUGGUGCUUUCAUUAUAUAAUGAUACAUUUAGACAAAAACCCCAAACCAGACCAUCUGAAACAAGAGUCUCUCCAUUGCAAUUUGUAGCACUGUUAUUUCUGUAUAUGUAAUGAGGUUAAAUAUCAGUGUUAACUCUUAAUUUCUUGUUUGAAUCCAUGAAAUCAUGCCUGUAAAGCUGAAACAUUUGUAAUAAAGUCCCCUAAUAAACCUAGAGAAAGUCA